GCGUUGAGUUGCUGUGCAGUACAAGCUUUUGCAUUUUUAUUGGCAUGCUUCUCCUCCGUAAACGAGUCAACUUGACAGUCAAUCGAUCUGUCACAGAUACACGUUCCAUACGGCCGUUUGACCAUUUGACCUCGAAACUUUCUGAUCGCAAACUAUCACAAUUGGCACCGAAAUUGCUGUAUAUGGUAUCCUCUGUAUUCGGGGAUACAACAGUCCUCGUGUCUUGCCUCAUCCAUGUUCAAUUUCUUGUUCUCGUGUUGUGUUCGUCAGCGUCGGCGCGACCUAACGGCUCCUGAUGAACGCACCUUUCUAAUACCCGCCACCACCGCAAGCGAGACUCCUACGCCUCAGCCGCGGGUGGUUGACCACCAGAAACUAAAAGAGAGGUUGGGUACUGUCGUGCGCUCAAAAGAAGGGUGCGUUUCCUUUGUCUCUAUAAUUGCUUUUUCUUUCUCCUACAGCGUGCUUUCUGACGAUGCCACACAGAAAAAUGGUUAAUGUCAAUGCCGCCUUCCCAUUUAACCUCCACAACCAGUCACUUGGCGAUCCUCCGUCUCGCAGUGUCUCAGGCGGAACCCUGGAUAGCAGUCGGCAGGCCUCGCGAUCUCCUGCACGUCAUUCGCUACACACGAGAUACUCGAGCACUUCGCUGCAGCGGGAUGCGGAAGGUCCCGCUUCUCAGAGCAAUGACGUAGUGGAAGGAAGAGGUGACCCGCACAAGCCGAUAUUAAAUGUUAGGCUUGUAUCAACUCCAGUGAGCAACAGUGCAAACAGGGCAAUUAAUAGCAUCUCUCGGGG